CAGCGCGACGUUGUGACGUGUUCUCUCACAGUCAAUAUAACAAGAAACUCAACAAAUGUAUUUCUUCGUUUAAUAGUUCGUAAAUGAUCGACCGUAAUAAUUCAAAAACGCGUGUGGUGUCAGUGAAAAACUAAAUAAAACACGUAACGACGGAGAAGUGCUGGAGAACACGCGAGAAAGACUGUCUUACCAGGUGGAGACUGAACAGAGGCAACGAUCGCGUCACGAUGGCUCGUCAUAAGCGUCCCGCCUCUGUCACGAUCGCCGUACUGCUUCUGAAUCUAGCAGCUUACGUGAACGCGACGGACCCGUAUCUAGAAAUACUUCCGAACGGCGAGACCCAGACAAAGCCCAUCGGGUCAAGUAUUAUACUCACUUGUAAACCAAAGGUGGAAGAUCCUCAGCUUAUCACAGACAUGCAAUGGCUUGAUCCACAAAACCGCGAGAUCGACAGGUUGAGAUUCUUCGUUUUGCCGCUGCAAAGCUCGCACGCGAACUCGAAGCCGGCCAUGUACACGGAACUUCAUCAGGACGGUAGCCUGUCUCUGUUCUUCAAUUCCCUCAAGGAGGAUCAGGCCGGGAAGUACACUUGCAAGGGAACAUAUGCGCGCAACGUGCCACUGGUCAAAUCUGUGACGAUCGAUACUAUCAUCGCGAUCACAUGGGACAACGCGCCGCAGAAUCAAUAUCCCAUUCGCGGGAAAGACUACGCUAUCCAGUGCAUAGUACGCGCUAGACCGCCGCCUUCGGUUGACUGGCUCUACAACGGAGAACUGAUCAAGACGAACGAUCACUACGUCAUUGACACUCAUUCGUUGAAGAUCAAGAACGUACAGGAAACCGAUGACGGUGUGUACACUUGUCGCGCGUCGGUGCCGACUACGGGCGAGUUGCAAGAACGACCCAUCCGCGUCGAAGUUCACGUAGAACCGUCGAUCGAAGAGAUCCCAAGUCAAAUCGACGUAAUCGAGGGCGAUAGCGCGAACAUUGAGUGUAAAGCCAGCGGCAAACCGCCUCCUGAGUUUUCGUGGGUCAAACUUUUCAACCAGCAGAAUCUCUCUUCUUCCGAUCGUUUUAAAGUCGAUCCGGUCACGGGAAUGCUCGCCAUUACUAGCGUGAGACGCGAUGACAUGGGCGAAUAUCAGUGCAUAGCGUCGAACAGCGCUGGCAGAGUCACCGCCACCAUCGUGAUAAACGUGAUCGUUAAGCCAAAGAUCAGCGAGUUCGUGAACAUGACUGUGGUCCAGGGAAAGAACGUGGAAAUGAGAUGCAAGGCUACCGGACAUCCGCUGCCAGAAGUGACCUUCAGGAAACACACAGCUGAGAAACCGUACGUGAUGGGCAUUCAGCCGCAGGACGACAGAAUAAUUCUGGAGAACAAAAAUGACGAAACGACCAGCGAGAUUAUCGGGAUUCUGAGGAUCGGUAACGUUCGCACCGACAACGACGGUCUGUACGAAUGCAUAGCGAAGAAUCUCGGCGGCCCCGUUUACACAAACGGCCACCUUACGGUCGAGUUUCCGCCGUCCUUCCGCAAUAUGCCGAACGCCACGGCCUGGUCGUGGGAGCAGCGACCGGUAAAUCUCACUUGCAUCGCCGAGAGCAUACCGAACGCGACGAUAAGCUGGUAUCGUGGCAACCAAAACCUUGACAUCGAAAGCGAAGGAUUCACCAAGAUCGGCAACGGACCAGUUUCUAUUCUCCAAAUAAUACCUUAUAAUCAAAGGUAUUAUACGACUUACAAAUGCGUCGCCUCCAACACGCACGGUAAAAGCGAGCACAUGAUCGAGCUGCGAGAAGCAAAAAGACCUGGCAAUCUUCUGAAGGCCGAAAUGGCCGAGACCACCGCCACGACAAUAAGUUUCGAUUUGAUACCGCCGCAGCAAGUAGACUUGCCCAUUAAGGCCAUCACUGUGCAGUAUAAAGAGAAAAAUGACAUCUGGUCAAACGCGAAGAACAAAACGUGGUCUGUCGGUUCAACGUUAUACGUUGUCGAAAACUUAAAGCCGCAGACGGGCUACGAUUUCCGAUUUGCGGUGAGUACCGAUGUCGGCAUGGGGAAUUGGGGCAACAAUCGUUAUGAUUCCACACACAGCAGAACGGUACCGAACAAACCCAAAAUUCUGACCACAUCGGAUUCCAAGUACGAGCAGUCAGCCUACAGCAAUCAGUAUGAGCUCAAGUGGUUGACGCCGCCCGAUAACGGUGAGCCCAUCGAUCUGUAUGUGAUCAAGUUCUGCGAAAUAAUAAGACGCGUCACCAACGAUUGGGACGUGAUCGACAAAACUUGCAAAACGAUGGAGACUCGGGGUAGGACGACGCAGUGGCUGAAAGGUUUGAAGCCCGACACCUUCUACACGGUCGAAGUGAAGGCUCACAACAUAAUGGGCCACAGCGAACACGGAUCCGCCAUGUUCAGAACCGCCAGAGGUGUAGAUACCAGUGUGCUGCAGCAUCAAGGCUCGUUGAUGUCGAGCGUAACCAUAAUCGGCAUUGUUCUCGCGAUGACAUUCAUCGUCCUUAUCAUCAUCGACAUCACCUGCUGCUGCAUGCGCAAGACAGGAAUCAUUUAUUACGCAUACGAGCGAUCUCGGCGGAAGCCGGUUGACGAAGAAGAUUCCAAGCUCGGCAGUCUUUACGGUUGGCGGUUUCCAUUGCCGUAUUGCGACCAAAAAAUGGCCAAUGUCGCCGGGGUCACGGCCAUCCAAGAGUCGGGAAAAAAUACCAUUAGAUUGGUCAAACACACUGCCAUAGACGAGAAAGAGCCGCUGAGGGAGGAGAAGAAGAUCACGCCGAUCAUCGACUCCGGUCUGCGCCGGGAGACCUCCAUCACCUUCGACGGCAAGCGAUCCGUCUCCAAGACCGGGUUCGUCGGCAAGGACUCGGCCGUCUAGAUAUUCUUCCGGCGUACUAGAUUGUAAAUCCAUAUCGGAAACACGCUGCGCAGUUUCCGGCCAAAGUGUUCUCGAAAAAAGAAGAAACAGUAACGAAAAAAAAAAACAACAAAAACAAAAACUAAAAACGCACGCAGAGCGGAUUGUCGUCGUUUUACUCGCGAAGAGACUAGGAUUCAGCGACCGGGCCUCGUCGGGAAUUUUCCCGGACGAGAAGCCUUUUCUCGCAGCUGCUUUCUUGCCACUCGAACCAAUCGAGCCUCUUUUUGAGGUUCCGCUUUUUCGUUUUGCCCUCAAAAACAAACGCGCGCGCGGUUUUCAUACCCGCCCGCCUCAGCAUCCCUUCGAGAUCUCUCACCUCGUGUUCUGCGAUACGUCGCCUGUUCCCGCAUUUCCUUGUAGAUUCCCCUGAUAAAACGCUUCCCGCUAUUGAUAAACUUGUCCUUUGCCGACUACUUUGCUGCAAAGUUCUCAUCGCACAUCUGAUUUCUUGUGUAAGGUAAGCCAGCCACAUAAACAAAAAGAAGAGAAAGAAAGAAAGAGAGAGAGAGAGAGAGAGCAAACCUUGGAGACCCGACAUAUCUUCUUGCUGAAUUUUCAGCAAGCUGAAACCCAUUCUGCAAGAUUUCUUUUCACGCGGAAAAAGACUGUAUUGGAACCGCAAGUCGUUAAAAAAACUAAUCAAUAUUAAUAAGACAUUUUUGGUUUUGGAAAACUUUUUUAAAACUUUGCAAUUCGGCAUAAUUUUCUUAUUGUCACGUUUGAAAGGUUUGUCUCGCACUUGUUAAAUCCGGUCUCAAACAUUUUCUUUAUCUCGUCACUCACUCGCCAAAGCAUGCGAAGGAGCGUAAGAUGAUCUAUAGCUCUUGAAAAAAAAUAUAUAUUAAAAAAAUCGAAAAUGAAAAGUGCGAAGUGAAUAAAAAAUGUAUUUGGAGUAGUCGUUGUUCUUAGGGGAAACUUAUGAAUAUAAUUGUAAUUUAUAUAGCGCAUGUUAUACAAGGAAUCGAGGAGUAGGUAGAUCGCUCGCGCGAGAAGAAAUAGAAGAGGAAUGUACAAAAAAAAAUAAAAAAUAAAAACACAAGUCACGAGAUUGGUGGAAAUUGAUCGAUCGAUUUAGUGAUGAAAUGCUUCGAGGAACUCUUUAGAUUUUCACAGUCUAGUACGCUGGAUAGUGUCACGCCUUUCGUCGCGCGCAGCAUCUUUCACGAAAAACCGCGGGAAAAGUCGUGUUCUGUUGCGCUCGAAAAACAGACACCAGAAAAGACACACAAACACACAAACAACUAUUGUCUUCGUUUCGAAGAAACAUUGCACUUAAGGAAUAUAACAGUAUAAAAGUGUGCGAUAUUCGCUUUCUUCAAAGAGCGAUGUCACUCGUUCUAUUGCGGAGAUAUUGUUUUAAGAUAUAAGCAACUAAGUUUGUAUAUCGUAGUGUUACGAAAAUUGAUCUAAACUACUAAAACUGUAGGAUAAGAGAUUCAAGACAGUUUCGCCAAACGUCCAAAAAAAAAAAAGAAACUUUGACGAUAAAUUAAUUUUUAUUGAAUUAAUUUUUGUCGUAAAUUAAUUUUUUUUUUCAAACAAAUUGUUCAUUCGUAACGUUCGUUCAAACCGAGAGAUUUGUGGUUGUUGAAAUCUUCAAAAGACUAUUCUCCAUUUUUUUAAACGUUUGAAGAAUGCGCGAAUAUUGCUUUUUAUAAUCCUUGAGCGUCAACUCUUUCUUCUCUUCCAAACGAGAUGCGCAAUUUUGCAGCAUUUUUCACACUGUACAUACACCUUUGAACUACACUCUAUUGUCUCUCUUUUCACAUCCUUGCCUGUGUAGAUUCACUGUGUGAAUUUUCCGAAAUGAUUUUAAUCGAAAUUUUUCUUUUGUAAUUACCAACAAUAGAAAAGUGAAAUUACUUCGCUCGAAAUCGAUUUCGAAAUUGUCACAUAGUGCAGCUGCAAUCGAAACACGCAAGAAGUAGGUAAGUUUUCACGUCUACGAUAUUGUAUCUUCGCGUGAUUUGAUUCCCAAAUAAUAAUUCCGACUUCGUGUUCGUAAUAAACUUUCGAUCCGAAUACUCCUAUUUUUCAAUUCAAAGACUGAUUCUUUUAUGCGCCGAAACGAAUAAAAUCGUAAUCGAUUGUUCAACCAGCUCAAGAUAAUUAUCGAAUUUCUUCUUUCAUUUUGUGAUGUUCGAUCACAUCAAACGCAUGUGUAUCUUGAUUGAAUUUGUUUAUCCGCAUAUGUUUAUUUAAUACUAGAACACACGGGGCUGUUGUGUAAAUUUUUCAGAAAUUGAUCAAAAACAUUUUCGGUUUUCAAUUAUCUUUCUAUUGUACCACAACAAAGAGAAAAGAAAACGGAAAACUUCGAAGAAUCAAUUCCGUAAAGAAAUUACACGAUAGCUAACUCUGUACUUUUGUGUCUUUUACCUUGAGUGAGAAAAAGCUCUCAAUUUUAUUUGUUUUUUUUAAUCGUAAUAUAUGUAACAAUUUUUAACAUAUUGAGCUCUUGCAAACAACUACAAUGUGUAAGUAUAUUAAGAUUGAAAAAAUUUUAUUGAGGUAAUUUGUCAUCAAUGAAGUCGAAACGCUAUAACGCGGCAGCGCAUUAAGUUGCGAGAAAGACCAAUCGAUCAGACUUCUUUUUGACAAAUCUUGAUUUGUUACCUUGACAUUAAAAGUCUCUCUGAAUAAUAUAAUUAUAUAUGUAUAGUUUAAUCAAACCCAACAGAUGGCAUUUAACUGUGAGAGGUAUCGAGUCUUGCACACAUGAUAUUGCGGGAUUUUCAAUCAAUCUUGCACAUGUUAUACAGGAUUUUCGAUGACAUCGCAGAAAGCUGCCAUAUGACACACUAAUGUAUCCACAUAGAAUAAAAAAAAAAAAAAGUACCAUUUUUGUCUUAAUAUCUGAAAUGGCUUGCAAAAAAAACUGCAGUUACAAUGUGAUAAGUUUUUGUAAAUGCUUGUAAACGUUUUUCCUUAACUGUAAGAAAUAUUGAGAAUAAAUUCUAGGAGACUCUUGAUAGGUAUAGAAAACAUGCGCAAGUACAGAAAUCGUGUUCUCGCAGAAAGCUGUUGUGAGAAAGUGCGAUUAUCAUACAAAUAUCACAUUUUAUUGUACAAUAUUGUGCAAUAACAAUCUCACGUGUAUUUUUUUCAAUAUGUACGCUUAUUGGUUAUUACAUUGUGUAUUGUAUAUGUUACACAUAUACAAUGUAUACAAUUUGUAUUGCGUAUAUAUUGUAUGUUGUACUAUUAUUAUCUCUUAUUUAUAAGUUCUAAAGUCAGAAAACCUUUAUUAUUUGUAUAUUAUUAUUAUUAUUUAACAAUAAUGUAAAUAAGCAUGCUUAAAAAAUGUUUUUACUGUCAGUUUAACUUCGAAUGUAAACUUUUUUAUUUUUAUUUUUUUCAAGAACUGGAAAGAUACGUUGUUUUGACACUGAAUUAAAAGAUAAAAAAUAACAUUGGUUAUAAAAAAUAACAUUGAUUGUAUGAUUUACUUCUACGUAGACAAUCUGUAAUAAAAAAAAAUCAAAUCAAGAAACAGUGUCACAAAAAGUACAAUUAUAACGUACUUGAACUACUAACGUACUUGAACUACUAACGUACUUGAAUACUUUUCGUGUUAUUACUUUUGCGUUUGUUGAUGUAAAGCUACUUCGUGAACACGCUUUCUAUGCAAGUAGCUUUUUUACGUAAGAGAGAAUUUGCCAAAUACCAUAGUACUUAUUAGCAUGUAAGUUAAUGAGUACACAUUAAAUAUAAAUAAAUAUAUAUAUAUAUAUAUAUAUUAUAUAUACAUGAGAAAAAAUGAUAUAUAUGUAUAUGAAAAAAAUAAAUAAAUAAAUGGAGUCACAAAAGAAAAUUCGCGCGACACUUGUCACGCGGCACUUCGCAUCGGCGAGCGAGACGUAUUAACCAUUUUCUAGCACUUAGCUGUUUUGUAUCCGUUGCCAAAAGCCAUAAUCAUUAACAAAAUAGCUUCCCACGAAAAGUAUUACUGCGCAUCUUCCAGUUUGGAGAUCACUAUGAGUAUUAUUAAAGUUCCGUAGAUGUAAGGCGUAUUUUUUAUGUAUGCUUUUUCUGUACGCGACGAGAAAU